UCAACUAUCAAUCCCACACUCUCUUCUUUGUAAGACUCGAACCUCCGAUCUGGUUUGGGUUCACUUGUGGAUCGAAGAUUACCUCCUCUUUUUUCGUUUCUCUGAUGGUUUCUGCUUCUUCCGUUUCUCUGAUGGUUUCUGCUUCUUCUCCUCCACUUCCGAAGGAAGCUCCGUUGGAGGGAGAAUAUGAAGAGGGACCACGUAGGGAAGCAAAAUGGUGGUAUUCUACUUUUCACACCGUCACGGCCAUGGUGGGUGCCGGUGUUCUCAGCCUGCCUUAUGCUAUCGCCUACCUCGGAUGGGGUCCAGGCAUGGCUGUGAUGGUGAUAUCAUGGUGCAUGACCUUACACACAAUGUGGCUCCUGAUCCAACUCCACGAGUCCACCCCAGGGAUUCGGUUCGACCGUUACAUUGACCUAGCCAGACACACUUUCGGUCCCAGACUCGGACCAUGGAUUGUACUCCCACAGCAGAUGAUAGUGAUAGUCGGGUGCAACAUCGUGUACAUGGUGACCGGUGGAACCUGCCUCCAAAAGUUCAUCGAAAUGGUGUGCACCGACUGCACCCGGCUAAGACACUCGUAUUGGAUCAUCAUCUUUGGUUCCACACAUUUCCUACUCGCUCAGCUUCCCGACUUCAAUUCUGUUUCGGGUGUUUCACUAGCUGCUGCCGUUAUGUCACUAUGUUAUUCAACCAUAGCUUGGGCCGGUUCCCUGAGCAAAGGCAGGCAACCGGACGUAAGCUAUGCGUACAAGAAAACAAGUGGAGCGGAUUCAAUAUUUCGAGUUUUCAACGCAUUGGGUCAGAUUUCGUUUGCAUACGCAGGCCAUGCGGUCGCACUCGAAAUCCAAGCCACCAUCCCCUCCACACUGGAAAAACCGUCAAAGGUAGCAAUGUGGAAAGGGGCAAUCGGAGCGUAUUUCAUCAACGCCAUAUGUUAUUUUCCGGUAGCAUUUAUCGGGUACUGGGCAUUUGGGCAAGACGUUACCGAUAACGUCCUGGUUGCGCUACAAAAACCGUCUUGGCUCAUUGCCGCUGCUAAUCUGAUGGUCGUAGUCCAUGUUCUCGGCAGCUACCAGGUGUUUGCAAUGCCAUUAUUUGAUUUGAUGGAAAAAGGAGUGAUGAAAAAGUUGAAAGUCUCUUCUGGAAUACCACUCAGACUACUUGUUCGUUCGUCUUACGUUGCUUUGACGUUGUUCGUGGCAGUAACGUUUCCCUUCUUCGGGGAUCUUCUUGGUUUCUUCGGUGGAUUUGGUUUUGCUCCAACUUCUUAUUUUCUUCCAAGCAUAAUAUGGCUGAUACUCAAGAAACCCAAGAGAUUGAGUACCCAAUGGCUAGUUAAUUGGGUGGGAAUAUUCAUCGGAGUGUUUAUAAUGUUGGCGUCAACCAUCGGUGGAUUUAGAAAUAUUAUUGCCGACUCUUCAAGUUACGAGUUUUAUCAGUAAAUUAAUUUAAUUUUAAAAGACUGGUAAAACUCAUAGGUUUUUAUAUUCAGGAUUAUUGCUUCCAAUGAGUUAUAUCGGUAAAUUAAAACUCCUAGUCUUCAUAAUGAAUGUUUGCAAUAGAAACAUAAGGUUUUAAUUGACAUCAAGUGUGGUUCGGAUGAAUGUAUUAAUAUUAUACAUGUUUGGAAACAAAAACUCUGUAAAUGCCUUCAGGCAUGUAGCUCAGUUAGUAAAUGUGUGGAACGCCUUUGCUCAAAAACUG